GCCCUGGCAAAAUGAGAACGAGUCGAUAUGCGCAUCGCCCGAAUACGUAGGAAAUUGAUUUAUUUAAACAAGAACAACGGAUCUUUAGUCAGUCGUUUAUCGGUCGUCGUAUAUGGUGCCAAUUUAUUGAAAAAAUAUGUGGACUACAUUAACCUUCUUGACUUGCCUAUUGGUCAUUGGAUCAGUGAAAUCCAAUGACGAACUGCAUCCCUUAUCUGACAAAUUCAUUCAGCACAUCAACAAUCAGAAAUCAACAUGGAAGGCUGGACGUAACUUUGCCCCGAAUGUCUCAAUGCAGUACAUAAAGAAUUUAAUGGGGGUACUGCCGAACCAUAAAAACUUUUUGCCGCCUGUUCAGGUGCACAAUUUGGAAGGGGUCGAGUUGCCCGAGGAGUUUGAUUCCAGAGAGCAAUGGCCCGAUUGUCCCACCAUUAAGGAAAUUAGAGAUCAGGGAAAUUGCGGAUCUUGUUGGGCAUUCGGUGCGGUAGAAGUGAUGUCAGACCGCAUAUGUAUCCACUCCAAAGCGCAAACGCACUUUAGGUUCUCCGCGAACGAUUUGGUCUCUUGUUGCUACACGUGCGGUAACGGUUGCAACGGAGGCUAUCCGGGGUCCGCCUUCCAGUAUUGGGUGAGAAAAGGAAUAGUUUCGGGCGGACCUUACGGAUCCGAGCAAGGUUGCAGACCGUAUGAAAUCCCGCCGUGUGAACACCACGUCAAUGGUACCAGACAGCCCUGCACAGGUACGGAAGAUGUUACUCCCAGAUGUGUCCGCGAGUGCGAAAGUAGUUACACCAUCCCUUACGACACGGACAGACAUUUCGGCUCCAAGUCCUACUCGGUGUCCAGCACGGUGGAGCAAAUUCAAACGGAAAUAGCGCAAAACGGACCAGUAGAGGGCGCAUUCUCGGUUUAUGCAGAUCUGCUCAACUACAAAUCCGGUGUUUACCAGCAUGUAACGGGAUCGUUUCUCGGGGGCCACGCGAUAAAGAUCUUGGGCUGGGGCAUCGAGAAUAAUGUACCUUAUUGGCUGAUUGCUAACUCUUGGAACUCCGAUUGGGGUGAUAAUGGAAUGUUUAAGAUAUUGAGAGGCGAGGACCAUCUUGGAAUCGAGAGCUCUAUUGUGGCAGGAAUUCCAAAACUUUAAAUAUUAUUAUUUUACAUGUUUACUUUUAUAGUGCAGCUCAUAAUAAAAAAAGUGAAAUUAUUAAAA